AUGGACCUCUAUUCUGUAUUAGACCCUUCUCCAACAUCAUCGGAGACAUCGUUCCAUCUCAUCCAGCUACCGCAACAAUUACUCGAGUCCAUAAAGCCUCCAAUAGACAAUGCAAACUGCGAACGACUGUUGCAGAAGUACAACUUCUCCAGGGAGCAGUGUCUGCAGUUCAAGGCCAAAGACGGGUUCUCCACUCCAUAUUUGACCACCAUCGACACCACAUUCAAAAUCAGACAGCAGAACCAUUCGAAUUGUGUCAUGCUAUUGGAACACGACACAAACUACUUGAACUUCGACAACUAUUUGAUCCUGGAGAAACAGCCGACACCAACCUCGCUCAACCUCAAUGGAGUAGACAUUGUGCAGGUGUCGUUAGUAUCCGACAUUGACAACCUUGAGGAGGUUAAUGAGGCCAAUCUCUACAAGAGCACAGUACAGGUGCUCAACCAAACGCCAAUCUCAUUGCUUGAAUUCGACAAGCUCAUGGUGGAAAACAACAUUGUCCCCAAUGGAGACUCUCUCAUCAAAUUGAAGCCGCCAAUGGUCUCCAUCUUGCUGACCUCGUUAUUGACCUCUUUGCUCAAUAUAGUGGACGAUAUAAACAUGGAGUUUCCAACAUCUCUGCUCUCUCAAAUCUUGACAGAGUCCAAUACCCUCUUGAGGGAGAGAUACCACUUAAGGGGAGAACUACUGCCACUACGUUUACUGACCUACACUUUUCUCUAUUUCCUAAACUACAACGAACUCAACAAUACCACUACAGAGACCCCUGCAGAAGCUGGAGCUUCAACGCAAGAAUCCUUCCUCAGCCUGGCGCUACCAAUGGCCAACUUCACACUCCAGCACAACAAAAUCAUCCAGUUCCUGUCACUCACCAUCCUACGUAGACAGCAGCUCUUGCCACUAGACGACCUCUUGAUCCAGAUCCGGUUGAACUUACCCGCCAAUUACUUGCCAACUUUCGAAAUCAACGACAUCUUGACCGGAAUAUCCUACACUACAAAGAAGGACGGCCAAGUCUUGGUAAACUUCCUAACUCCAGACCACCUGGCCAACUUCAACACGCCGCAGUCCCGUUUCGAGAAGCUCUUCUCCCUAAAGAACUUGUGGCCCAUCGCAGAAAUCUCCCCCUACUUACAACCGGUCAACACCAAAGCUUUGAAAAUAGAAAAGUUCUGUCUCAAGUACUCCCGUGUCCGCAAACAAAAGGGCCAAACCUAUGUGUCCCCGAGAUAG